CUUCCUUUUAUCCCUCUAGUAACUAUACAUCAAAGGAAGUGUCUGAAAUUUAUGGAUUCAUAUAUUUAUUUCUGAGAGUAACUAUAAAGGAGCAUCCAGUAAGACUGUUUAUACACACCCACUGCUUGGCUCAGUUUGAUAGCAGAACUACACGGAGAGUCCACACAGACUGUAGGUGUGCAGACAGAGUGGGAUCAUACGGAGUUGAUCUCCACAUGGAAUGCUGGCUGGUGAGACUGCUGCUGUUUCAGGCAGUAUGGAAUGGUGUUCUUGGAAAGAAACAUUUUGUGAAUAAAAGAGGACUUGUUGAAUUAUACGGAACCCUAAAAUGUGGUACAAGCCGAUUUUCUUUGGCAUAUGUAGGUUACGGAUGCUAUUGUGGCCCAGGAGGAAAUGGAUGGCCUAAGGAUGAAACAGAUUGGUGCUGCCGUAGACAUGACUGCUGUUACGAUUUUGCACAACGACAAGGCUGUCACCCGAUAACAGACAGAUAUAAAUGGACUUGUCAAGACAAUACUGUGAUAUGUGAUGCUGUUCUAGACAGAUGUCAAAACAUAAUUUGCCAGUGCGACAAAGAAGCAGCUCGGUGUUUGAGAUUUGCAUCAUUCAAUAAGCGCUAUAUCCUCUACCCAAAUAUUCUUUGUGGCCAAAUAUAUCCUUUAUGUGGCUACAGGCAUUAAUAGAUUUUUACAAUAAACAAUUUAAAACUGUUGAGGUUUUUUUUAAUAUUGCAGUGUUUAUUUGCACAUUUUUCUGAUCGUUUAUACUUUUCCAGCUUCUGAAAUUAUGAAUCAUACUUAGACUACUGCAAAUAUCUAACAACCGGUUGAUGUCAGCAGAGGAAUCUAGCAUUCCUGCCCUCUGGUGAUCAUCAGCCAGAUACAGAGGGGCUCCAGUGUGGCAGAAUCAUUUAUUUAGAAAUAUAUGCUGAAAGUUUUGAAAAUGUGCAUAUGAACAUUUGUGUUACUUAAGUGCAUCUACCAGUUUAAGAAGCUAACAUGAUAAAAUAUAUGUUCACCAUAUGAUUCCAUUCUGUAUAGAAAAACAAUACAAUUUUACACAAAUAUCAAAUCUUCUUUUUAAAAAAGGUCAGUAAGAGAACAUCCAACUUCCAAGAUACAGGCAGAAAUCUAACCCCCUGGGAAUUCUAGGUAAAGCAAGUACUUAAAUAGAUUAAUUCUAGGAUACAUUUUUAUUUUCUAUGUAUUUAACUAAAUUUUUUACUAUGAAAUUAGGAAAAAAAGGAAGAGAUGUCAGCAAAUUGCGUCCUUGAGCUAUUUAUAAAAAUAAAUAAGACAAGAUAUAAAUAAAUACAUAAAUCUUUUUUUCAGGCAUAUUUGCUUUCUCACACUGGCUUUAUCCAAUUUUAAUUUGUUCCCACAAUGACCUAAUUUCUUUCUUUAAACCUAACACUGUGUGACUUUUUUCUAUUGUAUGAUCUUAAUAAACUGUCAUUGCUAUUUUAAA